AUGGCCGCCACCACCACCACCGCGACCCAACCCAUCCAGCUCUCCUUCCCCCUCCCCCACGCCGCCCAAACCCGCAUCCAGAUCCACCUGACCCAGCACAAGACCGCCCUCCUGCUAUUCAUAACCUCGACAACGCCAGACACGGACUCGGGCGCCGCGCCCAUGGGCAGCUUCGUGUACGCGAUACCCAACCGCGCCACGCCCACCGCCCAGCCCCUCAGCACCGCCCUCUACACGCAAACGCCCACCCUGGACGUCGCGACCCGGCUAGCCAAGAUCCUGGCAAAACGCACCGCCAUGCCGACGUACGUCGGCAACUCUGUUUCGUUUGCGAGCGCCGGCGCGGGCGGCUCCGUCGAGGAGGAGAUGGAGGGCGUGCGGCGCGUCGUUGAGGUUGUCAUGGGCGUGGUGGGGAAGAACAAUGGUAAUAUGCCUUGA